CACAAUCAACGUAGAUAGUGGUGAUGCAGUAACCAGUGGAACUUAGCUGUUGGUCUGCAACUGGUGUCAAUAUGUAGAUGGUGGAAGCAAUACGAUGAUGACUCCGAUAUUUACUUUAUUGUACAGCAUUAUAACACUUGCUUUAUUUUCGAGUGUCCAGUCACAAUCGCCUCUCAACCUCACGGAAAUCGAUGAAGACGUAGAUAGCAUAUUCAAAUCGGAAUUAGGGAACGUACCUGUUGUUAGACCUGACUUUCCACCACCGCCACCUUUUAUCUCAGAAAAACAUGAGGAAAUUAUAGAAAAAAAAAUACAAAGAAGGGCUUUCUCACAAGCAAAGAUGAUGGCUACUCCACACCCAACCAUCCCCCCACCGCCUCUACCGCCAAACAUUUCACAAAUUAUAAGAGAAAGAGUUCGAGCGCGUGAGAUUGAUUAUAUAGUAAGAAGAAGCACUAAUUACUUAAUAAACCUACAGAAUGAUGUCGAUGAAAUCGAUGAAAUUUCGGGACCUAUCAUAACAAGGCGACAGCAGCAGCCAACUCGAGACAUUAUAUAUAAUUAUAACAGAUUCUGGUAUUGGAUCGACACAUUUAAGCAGACAAGAGAAAAAGUUAGACACGCGUUUAAAUUUAAAAAUCCCGAUAACUUGGACUACCCUUUCUUUCCUGACCUUUUUAACGCAACCGGAUGGACUUUAGAGAAGAACAGAACGAUAUCUAUUAUGCAUAAUUGGGUGUAUCGAACACGCUUUAACCUCUUGUAUUCGCAGAGAAUGAGAAAAAAAUACAUACUCAGUAUAAGGUAUAAAUUAGGCUAUUGUUUCGCUUUGUUGCGGCAGUUGAAAAGAGAACAGAGGCUGCUUUUUAACGGAUACUUGUAUUCAGGGCCGGUUCAAGGGCACCUGUACUAUCACUUGAAGAUUUACGAAAAGGUAGUCAGGUUAGACGUGGACAUGAAAGAUUUGAUAAAGUUUAUCAAGGGUUUAGAGCUUAGUAGGAAAAAAACUGAGCAACCCGAUUUCUACACAGAUUUUCCAUCGUCCUCUGGUACAAAGUGGGGAUAAAAUGGUACUUAUUUAUGAUUGUGAGUUCUUUGCUUUCCAAGUGUUCAUAGACUGUUAGUGUAUUAAUUAAGUACGACAAAUUAUAUAUAUUAAAAUACAUGUUUUCUGAAUAAAUACAUGAA